AUGGCUAUCAUGUGCGCUGGAUACGGGGCGGUUUGUGAUCGACCAAGCAGCAGCUCGAUGAAUAUGGCGUGUAUUGGGGACGCAGACCCUUUCACCGCUGCGAUACCUGCCACCAAAGUUGAACUAACGGUUUCUUGUAGAAAUCUCCUGGACAGAGACACAUUCUCCAAGUCUGAUCCAAUUUGUGUGCUCUACACUCAAGGAAUAGCCAACAGGGAAUGGAGAGAGUUUGGCAGGACAGAAGUCAUAGACAACACCCUCAACCCUGACUUUGUUCGCAAAUUCAUCCUGGACUACUUCUUUGAGGAGAGGCAGAAUCUACGCUUUGACCUGUACGAUUUAGACUGCAAGAGCGACAACCUCUCUAAACACGACUUCCUGGGCCAGGCUUUCUGUACACUGGGUGAAAUAGUCGGCUCUCUGGGAAGCCGCUUGGAAAAACCUUUGAUUGGGAUCCCAGGGAAGAAAUGUGGCACCAUCAUAGUGAGAGCAGAAGAGCUGAGCAACUGCAGGGAGUCGGUGAUGCUGCAGUUCUGUGGCAACAAGCUGGAUAAGAAAGACUUCUUUGGAAAAUCUGAUCCUUUCCUCGUCUUUUACCGCAGUAACGAAGACGGAUCGUACACCAUCUGCCACAAAACAGAAGUGGUGAAGAAUACUCUGGACCCUGUGUGGCAGGCUUUUAAAAUUCCUGUCAGGGCGCUGUGUAACGGAGACUAUGACAGGAGCAUAAAGGUGGAGGUGUACGACUGGGACCGAGAUGGAGGCCACGACUUCAUCGGCGAGUUCAGCACCAGCUACAGAGAAAUGUCCAGAAGCCAGUCACAGUUCCACGUCUAUGAGGUGCUAAAUCCAAAGAAAAAAGGAAAGAAGAAGAAAAAGUACCAAAACUCAGGAACGGUCACUCUUCUGUCCUGCCUGGUGGACACUGAACUCUCAUUCCUGGACUACAUUAGAGGCGGGACUCAGAUUAAUUUCACAGUGGCAAUUGAUUUCACAGCAUCAAAUGGCAACCCGUCCCAGCCCACCUCGCUCCAUUACAUGAGCCCGUACCAGCUGAACGACUACGCCAUGGCGCUGCGGGCUGUCGGAGAAAUCAUCCAGGACUACGACAGCGACAAGAUGUUUCCUGCACUUGGCUUUGGUGCCAAGCUUCCCCCAGACGGACGGGUCUCGCAUGAGUUUGCCCUGAACGGUAAUCCACAGAACCCCUACUGCAACGGCAUUGAGGGGGUGAUGGAGGCCUAUUACCAGAGUCUCAAAUCUGUGCGUCUCUACGGACCCACCCACUUCUCCCCCGUUAUUAACCAUGUGGCCAGGUAUGCGUCAGCGGUGACAGACGGAUCACAGUACUUCAUCCUCCUCAUCAUCUCCGACGGCGUGAUCACAGACAUGGCGCAGACCAAGGAGUCUAUAGUCAAUGCCGCAUCUCUUCCCAUGUCAAUUAUAAUAGUUGGGGUUGGACCAGCAGAAUUUGAUGAAAUGAUCGAGCUGGACGGAGACGAGGAGAGGAUCUCAUCCCAAGGACGAUACGCAGAGAGGGACAUUGUUCAGUUUGUUCCUUUCAGAGACUACAUCGACCGACGAGGAAACCACAUCCUCAGCAUGGCUCGUCUGGCUAAAGAAGUGCUUGCUGAAAUCCCCGACCAGUUCCUGUCCUACAUGAGGACCAGAGGCAUCAAACCCGGGCCCCUGCCACCUCCUUACACCCCCUGCCCACCACCAGCCAUCCACCCCCUUCUCGCCAGACGGGUAAGCCGAAUUUAA